UUUUAUUUUUAUGAAACUUCAAAUUUCUCAGAAAUGAUCAAAUGUAGGGGAAAAUAUUUUAGUAUUAUCACCUUAUUCCUUUUGCCAUAUAACGUGUGGAUUAACCAACGUAAAAUCCAUGACGUAAGGGUUUUCGAAGGAGUUUCCAAGCCGUGUACUCCUAAUUGCUUUUACCAGGUUUCCAGUGAUUGUCCAAUGACUCCAAUCAGGUGCUUUAUCCUCAGCCGCUUGAUCAACAGUACUAUGAGUCUAUGAUUUUAGCAAUCAGACAUAAAGGAAAAGAAAAGUCUCAUAUGUCUUGGCUUUCACCGCAUUAUGAUUUCAUAUCUUUUUAUUGCAGAAACCACAAUGAGUCUGACGAGGACCAGAUGCGACCACUCCAAGAAUGCUUUCUUCUCGUACACAGCAAACAUGAAAAUGUACUGCUAUAAAUACGACCACUCUUUGUCCCUCCAUGUGUACCAAAUUUUGAGGUUAAGUACACAAACCAUAAAUAGAGCACUAGUUCCAAGCCUUCAACCCAUGGAUUUCUCCAAGACUCUAAUUGCCCCACUUCUCAUUUCUCUUCUCCUUCUUCACCUUGCCCAAUCUUAUCAAAAGGUGAUCACAAGCAAGGUUGAGAGCCCUUCCCCACAAAAGAUAGAUUGUGAUGGUGCUUGUGACGCGAGGUGCCAAUUAUCCUCGAGGCCUCGGCUGUGCAAGAGGGCAUGUGGGACGUGUUGCGCCCGUUGCGACUGCGUCCCUCCAGGCACUUCUGGUAAUUACGAUGCGUGCCCCUGCUAUGCCAAUAUGACUACACAUGGUGGAAGACGCAAAUGCCCUUAAACUUCCUGAUAUCUCUCAUAACCUCUGGAGGCUCUAUAUAUAAGUAUCAAAUGUUGUGUAAAGAGAC